AUGUUUUAUAGUAAAAUACAUAAUAUACUUGUACUUGCUGUUGUAUUUAUAUACGUAGAUAGAGUGAGAAGUGACGUCAUAGUUGAAACUACAUCAGGAAAAAUUGAAGGUAUUGAAGUAAAAUCAAUAAUUGAAAAUGAAAGAUUCUUUUCGUUUUUAGGCAUUCCUUAUGCUGAGCCGCCUAUCGGAAAACUAAGGUUUCAGCCACCAGUCCCUCAUACAGGGUGGAAAGAUAUUUAUAAUGCGAAAAAGGAACGAAAACAUUGUGCUCAGUACUUUAUGCCUCAGAGAAAAGUAAACAGAUAUGGAUAUUGCGGUGAUGAAGACUGUUUGCAUUUGAGUAUUCAUACACCGAAAAUACCAAUUAACCAGGAUAUAAAAAUGCCUGUUAUAGUAUUUUUAUAUAAUGAACAAUUUAGGAUAUCUCAUAAUGCUUCUAAAGAGUACGGUCCGGAUUUCUUCAUGAAAGAAGACGUUAUUAUAGUAACUAUAAAUUACAGAUUGGGAUUCUUAGGAUUUGCAUCGUUUGAGGAUGUAGUACUUCCUGGUAAUAACGGCAUGAGAGAUGUUUUAUUGGCGCUGAAAUGGUUACAGCAGAAUGUGAAAUAUUUUGCUGGUGAUCCUUCAAAUAUAACGCUAAUGGGUAAUAGUGGAGGGGCUGUUAUAGUUGACAUUUUACUGCAGACUCCAAAAGCCGAAGGUUUAUUCAGUAAGGCAAUUAUGCAAAGUGGGUCAUCUUGGCAUCCUUCAUAUAUUGAUGUAAACCCAAAACAAAGAGCACAAGCCCUAGCAGAAAUACUCGAAAUAAAAGCAGGAACAAGCGAAGAACUAAUAUCGAAAUUGACUGAUGUAAACGCAAACAGAAUCACAGAAGCGGAACUCGAUCUUGUACAUCCAGAUGAAUCAAUGGCUAUUCAAAGAGAAAUCGUACAGUUUGGGCCUGUCGUUGAAAUUCAUCACGGUCACGCAAUUCUAACAAAACUACCAGAAGACAAUUCUCAGAAAUUAUCAGUACCAGUAAUGAUUGGAUUUAACUCUAGAGAAGCGAUAGAAAUUAAUGAAAAUUACCUUCAUAAUCCAGAUUACGUGAGAAUUGUUAAUAGACAUUUCAUUAUGACAUUCCCACGACGAGUGAAUUAUCAUUUUAAUAUUAAUAAUGAAGUUUAUAAAGAAGCUUUAAAAGAAAUUAAAACAUUUUAUUUUGAUGAUGGUUUUAUUAAGGAAGAUAAACUGGGUGAAUUUUUGAAUUAUAUUGGAGACAUCGUAAGUUUUUAUCCAACAGAUUAUACUGUUAGAAAAUAUACAAAUACAUCUGAUACACCUGUUUAUUACUACAUGUUCGAUUAUAGUGGCAAAUUGAAUUUUCGAAAGAUAACAAGUAUAAAUCAUGCUCGUAGUAUUGAUGGGACUUGGGGAGCUUCUAUUGGGGAUGAAUUGUGCUAUUUAUUUAUUUGUAAAAAAUGGAAAAAAGUAUACAAACAAUUGCUAGAGAAUGAUGAUUCAGAGGAAAUAAAAGUCUUGACAAUGAUGAUUAAAAUGUAUACUCAAUUUGCUAAAACUGGAAAUCCUACGCCGUCUGAAAGUGACUUUGUUUGGAAAUCAGCUUCCAAAGAAAACAGAGAAUGUUUGGUAAUCAGCGACAAACCAAAAAUGAAAUCAAAUUUAUAUGAAGACAAGGUCAGAUUUUGGGAUGAAUUUAUAGAAAAGUAUGAGAAGCUUGCUGUUAAUGGUGUGGUAGGAAACAAGGUCACAGAUGAGCUAUAG